AUGGGCAAGGUCAAGUACAUCCUCCUCGACUGCGACAACACCCUCUGCCUCUCGGAGCGUCUGGCCUUCGAGGCCUGCGCCGACCUCACCAAUGAGGUCAUGGAGAAGUACGGCAUUGAUGCCCGCUACACCACCGACUCACUCCUAGAGGAUUUCGUCGGCAACAACUUCCGCAACAUGCUCAUCGGCCUUCAGAAGAAGCACAACUUCUCCAUGACCGACAAGGACGUCGACGAGUACGUGGACAUGGAGCUCGGCCGUGUCACGACCAAGCUGUCCGAGAAGUGCAAGGAGUGCCCUGGUGUCACUGAGCAGCUCGAGUGGGCCAAGGCUCAAGGCUACCCAAUGUCCGUCGUUUCGACCUCCGCCAAGCCACGUGUCGUUGCUUCACUCCAGAAGACCAACCUCAUGCGCUUCUUCACCGACGAGCACGUCUAUUCCGCAGCCACCUCCAUGGACCAGCCAUCGUCCAAGCCCGACCCAAAGAUCUACCUCUACGCUUGCGAGCAGCUCGGUGUCAAGCCUGAGGAGUGCCUGACUGUCGAGGACUCUAAGUCUGGUGCUACCGCCGCCAUGCGCGCCGGCAUCCCACUCAUUGGCUACGUCGGCGUCUACGGCCUCGAGGAUGGCAAGGAGAAGGAAGAUCAGAUGGCCAAGACCUUGACUGAGGUCACCAAGGCUGACGUGAUCAUGCGCGACUGGAAGGAGUUCCCCGAGUGUGUGAAGAAGAUUGAGGAGAAGCUUUAA